UAUAGAGUGAGACUUCGUAAAUGCCCGUUCAACGAUGGACUACAACGGAUAAUACUAGGAAAUAUGUGAAGAAAGAUAAAUGUCCGCCCUGGAUUGUAAGCAUUUUAUUUCGAUUACGUUUUUGUGGAUUCUAGCUUUAUAUUAAUGGUUCCGAGUUAUGGUGUUUACCUAAUUUCACUAUUGCUGUGCGCUUUUUCCUGUACCCAACCAAAAAGACAGACAGACAGACACUCAGAUAGAAGACUACAUCGAUCAAUGACAUCAGCUGUGUCUUUUUGUCAUCCAAAGAAGUUGUCAUUGAGAUUCCGAUGGGCUAUAUAAUAAAAGGUGAAAAUUUCGUACAGAAUAUUUAGUCAGUUAUUGAAAGAAUAUCCGGGCUGGUGGAUUAGUAGUAGCGGACGUAGUUUAUCCGGAGUACUGUAUGGGAAGUUAGCCGACCGACUGACGGAGGAAAUUGGUGAGUGAGUUACUGUGAAAGACGUUGUAAGAAAAAUUCAGUUAGAUAUAGUUUGAGAAGGGUGGGUAGAAGACGGGGCGGUCAGACAAGAAUGAUAGACUAUAUUUGGUACGCGCGAAGCUUGAGGUUGGCGUUGGCAGUAAACACAAUGACCGGAAAUAUACGUGACAGCAAAAAUUUACAGCUUGAGACUGACAGCGAGGACGAGGUAGGUUUUUUGGGAUUCGACGUAGGAGUAAAACAGGUUGACACAAGUGAGAGAUAUGGUAGUAGGGGGAGAAGAAGCGACGGACGUUCAGGAUGCAAUAGAAAAACAGGUGACACAAGUGGGAGAGAGAUGUGAACAGGUGACAUAGGGAGAGAAGAAGCUACGGACGUUCAGGAGACAUUAGAAAUGACACACGGAUUGACUACGGUGCCCUGCGUAGUAGGUAGGGUAGACAUACAAAGUCCUGUAAAUGUUAUUGACGGCAUUUACACCAGCGAACCCUCGAUAUCGGCGCAUGCGAGGCUUAUUCAGGAGGUUUACCGGCUUCAAGCUAGAAAUGAGGAAUUGCAACGGCGCCUAGGAAGAUAUGAAGGCCAGGAGGGUGGACCAGAAACUGACAGCGUGGUGCCGGACAUUGGGGAGCUAAAAGAAGUCGUGAAGAAAUUGAUUCCAAACGACAAAAUUGUCCAAUUACACUUCGAUGAAGUGCUCACCAAUCAUCGGGUAGUGUAUUCGCGGGCGGAGGAAACACUACAUGGCUGCAAAUAUUUCGACGAGCGCACCAAGAGGAAAACGUGUGCCCACAAAACGGGCCCCGUCUUCGCCGUAAGAAGACUGAUGACGGCUUUUAAUAUGCUGAUGAGCGUCCUCCACACGUGGGAAUUUAGAUGCAAGAGUACUACAACACAAUCUCAAACUGGCGCGGAAGAUUGGAUUAGAGGGAAAAAUUAA